AUGGCGGCGAUGGCGAAUCUGGCCAACACUAUGGAGGCAAAUAUUACUGCAACUCUGCAAGUUGUGCAGAGGCUAGGUCAACUGGCCAGGAACGGCAACAAAAACGGGAAUGGCAACGGAAAUGUGGACGGCGAAGGGAAUGCUCAUGCUACCGCUGAAGGAAACGGGGAUAACAUGGGAGGCAUUUUGAUGACUUUGGCAACUUUCCUCAAGGUUCAUCCGCCAACAUUUCGAGGAUCAACUAAUCCUACUGAAGUGGACCACUGGUUCCAGGCCAUGGAGCGUGCUCUACAGGCGCAGCAUGUUCCAUACAAUCAGUAUGUGGAGUUUGCUGCUUAUCAGCUUGUAGGAAAGAACACUGAGGUUCCAUGGGAUGUAUUCCGAACGGCCUUUUACAAGAAGUACUUCCCUGAGUCUGCAAGAGAAGCGAAGGAGAUUGAGCUAAUGCAGUUGAAGCAAGGUUCCAUGUCUGUGGCAGAAUACAUCAACAAGUUCGAAGAGCUUUCUAGGUUUUCUCGGGUGUGUCAGGGUGACCCAGAUACUUACAAGAGUUGGAGGUGUAUUAAGUACUAG